CUUUUAGAACUACAGAGUUUUCAAAUUAAAACUCUCUCUGAAAGGAAAAAAAAAAACUCUGACAACUCCUGUCAUCACCCAGAGCACAUUGAUAUCCUGCAGACCAUUUCCUGAACUGGAUUAUGAUGUCUCUUGUCGGAAUAUGGUUUUAAGAAGAUGGAGCAGCCAACUCACACCAUCACUGAAGACUAAAGAAGGACAUCAUCUCUCCUAAUAUCAUCACAAGUCUUCUUCAGACCACUCUUCAGCUUCAGCCAACCCCAAACCAACUUCAUAAUAUCUCCUCUACAACCACCCCGGCUCAACGUCCCACUAGGAAUACCUGCUGCAAGAACAGGGACCAGGAGGUCACAACCCAAGAGUUACACGUCAGGGAUCAGGGGGGUCGCUGGCCUGAAGGAUAGUGCACAGAUCUCACAUUUAAGUAUGUUGUUCAUUGAUCCCCACUGCAUUGUAUUAUAAUGCGCAAAUGGAUGCUGACAUGGAACCUUCAAAAUCUGUUCUCUGGACUGUACCUCCAUGCAAUCUUCUUGUUCGGCAGUGUGUGUGUGGUCUACAGUGACUGCACUCCGGAGCACCUUGCCGCCAUCAUGAACUGCUCCAAACAUGAGCGCCACACCAGGAACUACGACUAUAUGGAGGGAGGAGAUGUGCGCAUCCGACAGCUGUUCAGCCGCACGCAGUGGUUCCUAACAAUUGAUGACUUUGGCAACAUCAACGGGACUCAAGAUCCCACCAACUGCCACAGUAUCCUGGAGAUCAGGACGGUGUCUGAGGGGGGCGUACUGGCUAUCAAAGGCGUGAAGAGCCAGUAUUAUAUCUCAAUGACGAAGGCUGGACAGCUGCAAGGCAAGAGGAUCUACAAUGAAAACUGCAACUUCAAGGAGGUUUUCCUAGAAAACUACUUCAACGCGUACUCCUCUGCCAAGUGGACUAAAAAUGGCAAAGAAAUGUUCAUAGCCCUUUCUCAGAAGGGAAGGCCGAUGCGAGGGAAGAAGACCAGGAGGGAGCAUAUAGCGUCUCACUUCAUCCCCAUGAAGUGCAGGGAGGAAGAUAAGAGGGUGGACUGAAAAACGCAGAGGACUAAUGAGUCCAAAAUCGUGUAUGAUUUCAAUCACAUAUUAUAUAUGUUAACAGACACUAAACUCAUUACCAACAUCACACUCCACUCCAUUAGUUCUGUAAUGUUCCAUAACAUGUUGUAAUUUUCAUAACAUAAAGCAACAGAUAUCAGAUGUGCACAUCUAACUAUACCAAAACAUCUUCCAAUAUGAUGUUGAAACAAGGAAAUAUUUGAAAUAGCUUCAACUGGUCCCCAAAACCUAAAAACCACUAAAGUCAGUGUUAUUGUUAUUUUGAGUUGAAUAUUAUAUUUCUUUAUAAAACAGUUAAGCGUUUUCCUUCUAAACAGUAAAAUGUAUUACGCACAGUCAGGACUGUAUCCUUUUUCAAAAAGAUGAUCUACACCCAGCCAGAUGAGGAGACCUGUAUGUUCAACCGAAAGGUCCAGAAUGGAGAUUUGGCUUGACCAAGAAGUGCUGAAGCAAGCUGGACUUGUCUUUUUCUUUUCUUUUCUUUUUUUACUGGUACAAGUGCUCAGAGCACACAAAUCAGAGGCACAAUAAACUACAAUAGCAUGUUCAGUUAAACUAGAGUAUGUAGGACAAUCUGUUUGUGGAUGAUGAUGUUUUGAUCUGUCUUUCCUUCCUGCGUUGAAGACCAGACUCUGGUCGAAUGCAUUGUAGCUGCUCACUGAUUUCUUUAUUAUCAAGGUGUGAUUUUGAAAUGCUAAAAUAUUC